UGCGCGAGCGUCACACAUCACGGACACCCAGAAAUUCGCUUAGUUAGUCCCCAGACUCUGUGCCACUCGCACGCAUGGAGCUCUAGCAUUUCCCGCGCUCGGUAGUGAUAACUGACAACCGGUGAUGCCCGCAAAUCGGAUCUAGUGCUUAUUAUCAAACUCCUUCAACUACCACCACAAUUGCUGACCUUCAUAUAUAGGGAGCCGCGCGGAUGUGCUCGCUGGGAGAGUCGGGCCGCUGAGGCCCGCGCGGGCUGAUGGCGGCCCCGGGUGUGCUCGCGCUGCUGGCGGCCGCCGCGCUGGCCGCUCUGGCCGCGCUGGCGCAGCCGGCGCUCGCCGCGCGCUUCGGGGACCGACUCGCGCCGCGCGUGCCCACCUACACGCCGCGCCACGCGCUCCACGACCGCCACGUCUCCAGCGCCGAGUAUGACGAGUACGACCAGGAGUAUGAAGAACAAGCCUCCUUCGACGAUCAUGAAACGCCUUCGGAAACGGAACCCCCACCUCGGCGGCCGGCCCGUACCGAAGCUCACCGUCUAGAAAUGAGCACUGAAUACUUUGUAGUGCCCCAAAAAACUUCAUCGACGCCCCCGCCGCCGACUUCUUCGCGACCAUUCGUAUCCACAACCUCACACCGCCCAUUAAAUACGACAGUGGUCGUACAAACGACGCGUAUAUCGAUGGGAGCUCUACGGCAGGAAUCUUGGGCGGUCCCAAUUUUGGCUUUGGCCUGCGUGUGUAUGGCAAUGAUCGCCGGUUUCGAAGCAUUUGUCGUGUGGGGCGCGAGCCGCACGGCGCCCAGCCGCCGCCACCUGCUCCUGGGUCAGACGCUGCUCUUCGGCUUGUUCACGUGCGCCGCCUCAGCCGCGCUGUACGUCGCCACGCCCACUGUGUUCACUUGCGGGGCCGUGCGUUUCGGAACUGGAGUCGCAUACGUAAUCGUAUUCGCAUCUCUACUCGUGAAGUGUGUAUUUUUGCUAAGCUUGAACGGUGGCGUGUAUCUGCCGGCCGCUUACCAAGGACUUUUGUUAUUUUUCGCGGUAAUGAUUCAAGUGGCCAUCGGCGCCCAGUGGCUGGGCGGAUCGCCGCCGCGAGUGAUGGCCGGCGCGGGCAGAUGUGACACGCAGUUAUCGGACUCGUUGAUGUCGUUGUGUUACGCCGCGUUCCUGAUCGCCGUGGUGUGCGGCGUGGCUCUGCGGUCACGCGGCAUCCGCGACAACUACCGCGAGGCGACGCACAUCGCGGGCGCGGGCGGCGCGACGGCCGCGGUGUGGGUGUGCUGGGUGGCGGCGGCGCUGGGCGCGCCGGAGCGGCACCGCGACGCGUGCGUGGCGGCGGGGCUGCUGGCGACGUGCGCGGUGGUGUUCGCGCUCAUGUUCGCGCCGAAGGGCCGCCGCCUGGCGGCGCUGGGCCGCGAGGGCCGCUGGGACGCGGACCGCGACGAGGGCCUGAGCUCGCUGGGCGCGGGCGGCUCGGGCUACUCGCCCUCCUUCUUCCACUUCAAGCCCGUGAAGUACGGCAUGGUGUCGGCCGCGGCGCCGCUGCCCGCGCCGCCUCCCGUGCUGGAUCGCAAGGAACCGCCCGCUCAGCCAGCCGAUUUGUACGGAGCUAUGUUCGCGAGCUCGCCGCACAUGCAUGCGCGCCCCCUGUGCCCCCCGCCGCACUACCCCCUGCACCCUUUAAUGCACUACCACUACCCGCCUUAUCACUACAUGUUGCCACCAGGCAUGAUGGUGCGCGAAGAGGGCAACGUGUACACGACCGUGGAGCCCACCUUCAGCAGCAACCCCAACGUCUUCUUCCAACGCUCGGAGCCCUUGCAUGCCGGCAUGAUGUACUGAGCAUCUGACAAACCAGCGUUCCGCCGCGAACAUGGAUUUGACAGCACCAGCCUAGCGACCAGCCUCGUUUUGCUACCCGCCGUCUAUUUACAAAUACCUAUUAGGCGAUUCAAAUUUUUACACGUGAUUACAAUUGGAACGGGAAUUAGCGUAUAACCAAGUUUUAAAACUGACUGACGUUUCAAAAGACGGGGAUAACGCCAUCUAUGACACGUCGGAGAUCAGUUUUAAAACUUAGUUAUACGCGAUUAAGUCCGGUUACAACUUUAUCGAAGAUAUAGAUCAAUGCCCGAAGUGUGUUAUGGUAACAAGUGAUACACUAUAAAUGUGAGUGUGUUUAGCAAAACGUCCCACUUUGUCGAUUGCUAAUUUGCUAUAAAGCCGCUUUGUCAGUUUAUUCAUAUAAAGAUACUAAGCAAAUGUCGUCUAUAUGGUAAACGGCAAAGUUGGGCGUUUUACUAAACAGUAUAACAACUAUUUAGGUAUUUGUUGUAUUCCUCCGAAAUAAGAGUUUCAUUGGAUAUUUAUUUAGGUUUAAGCGAGGUCUCAGUAACAUAACGCCAUCUGGUGAAACUCUUUUUCGUAUAAAGACUGCAAAUCUUACGACCGCACUGCAAGUAUGUAUAGCGCCAAACUGGAAGAACUAUUACUUAAAAAAUCGAGGCAGAACCAUAAUGUUACGAGGAUUUAAAUUAGUCUGUUGAUUAGAAAUAGUAUGUCACCUGCUACCAUUUGGCCAUAUCGCAUAAACUAAAUUCAGAGGUAUGUAUGAUAACUUCUCCGAAAAACGAUGUUAAACCUGCUGUUACUGCAUAAAGUUGGAUAAAAAAGCAAUCCCUUCAAUAGCUACAUUAUUAGUACAUCUUUGAGGAAAUCGUAAGAAGAUAAGACUAACUUUGCUACCAAGAGACUACGUCGCUUAGUUGUCAAAUCUUUAAUUUUGAACUUUAAUUUCUAUAAUGUCAAUGCCUUAUUUGUUUCGCCACUAUGGCAUAUAAAUAUGUUGCUGCAAGGCACACAAGUGUUGACAUUAUGUCGAGGCUUCUAAUUUUAUAUGUGCGUAUAUCGGCUUUAUGCAGUAUCAAGCAGUGUACCUGAUAUCCGAAUUUUGUAAAUAUAAGUCGAAUUUUAAAAGAGUGAAAACGUGGUUUGUGAUUUUACGUGUACUUAACCCACCCUGGAAACUGAAUCAGCUGAUUUCUGAAUAGGUUAAAUAUUAUAAGAUACUAUUAGGUUUACCGAUGUAAGCUCUCUUUUAUAGUAAUUUGUAAAUAAAACUUCUGAAGACUG